UGGUAAGGUGUCUAUCCUUGGUACAAAUAGGACCCCUCCAUUGUAUCACUUUAUUUAGAAGAAUUCACUGAAAUCAAAUUAAAACUUAGUUUUCCUAUUUUGCGAACUAAAUUUCCUUGAACAUUCAAGUUCGAAACUUUUAGUUCACUUUUCACUCGUGACCUUCGGUGUCAUUCGCAUGACGCUCUGCGUUGUUCAGAGGAGCAUCUUGUGUUAUUUUUUCUCGAUGAUAUUUUUAAUCGGCGACAUAUAAACAGUUUUAAGUCGGUUAAGGUGGCAAUUCCGUUGUCAUAGUGGCUUGUCGGUGCGCAGGUCAUUGUUUGUCGAUAAUCUGUCUAAAGAACGAGCGUUUCCUUCUUAAAUCUGACAAUUAGAACAAUAUUGCAGCAAUGACCUGUUUUAAGCUUUGAAUCUAUUUGACCAAGUUUUACUCACAGCAUGUUAGAGAAGAAUCGAGUUUCCAGAUGGGAUUUGUUAGAGAAGUUCAGCUUUUAUCCCUUUAGAGUCAGGUUGUGAUGUGCCUCGCACGUGCUACAAAUGGCGCUCAUACGUGGUACACUUAUUACUGUAUCAACGUUUAAGUUGACCUUGAGUCUAUCUCAGAUGCAAUAAAACCGAGUAAAAAUGAAUGAAAUCGAAGUUAGAAGCCCUUUAGCGGAGGAAAUAUCCGAGUUAGCUCGAUGUGCUAGCCAGUAAAAUUACGCGCUUCAGUAAAUUGACCCCAGUACGUGCUAAAGUUGGAGUGAAACACAAAUCCUGUCAUGCAGACGGAAACAAAAGUGACAAGUCCAGUGGGCGUGUGAGGGGAGAUUACACAAUCACAUUCCAUCGAAAAAAAAACAAACCAAUAUUUAAAGAGGUCUCGUGUAUCGACAUACAAUAAACCGACUUGUGCUCUGUGCGACAAGAAGCGCAAUAUUGACAGCAGUACCACUAAAGCUGAACGUGUCGCACUGCAGAUAUGGAGAUUGACAGUAACGUUUCGGAGAAGUUCACUUGGUUUCGAGUCAGAAAGAAAAUUGGAAGAUUUGGAGUAAACAUUCGAAUUAACCCCAUCGUCACUUCCAUCUCGGCCGCGAUUAUUUGGGCCUUUGUGAUAUUUUGCUCAGUCGAAGCAAAAGUCGCUUACGAUGAGUUGACGAAGUCCAUGAAGUGGAUCACGGAAACCUGCACCUGGAUGUACAUUGGUACCCAAGAUGUAUGGGCUGUGUUUAUUAUAGUCCUGUAUUUCUCGAAAUACGGGAAAAUGAAGCUGGGAAAACCGGAUGACAGACCGGAUUUCAGCGACGCAACGUACUUCACCAUGCUGUUCGCAGCUGGGAUAGGCGUCGGUUUGUUUUUCUUCGGAGUUGCUGAACCUGUGUGGCACUAUUCCGACACUAAAAACCGCUACUAUGGCAGGUACAAUGACAAUCAGCGUGCUCAGGAUGCCAUGAAUGUUACUUUGUUUCACUGGGGUAUUCACGGCUGGAUCGUGUACGUCAUUGUCGGCCUGCUACUUGCAUUUGUCGGGUUUAGGCAGGGCCUUCCCAUGACCGUGCGUUCUUGUUUCUAUCCCCUCCUUGGCGACAAGAUCUUUGGCUGGAUGGGUGACGCAGUAGACAUACUUUCCGUGGUGUGCACCAUGUUCGGCGUUUGCACCAGCCUUGGACUUGGUGUUAUACAGAUGAAUACUGGCUUUAACCGUAUUUGGGAAAAGAUUGAAAUCACGACCACCAAUCAAAUUAUCAUUAUCUGGUGCGUCACUGCAUGUGCCACAGCCUCAGUGGUCAGCGGUCUAAAAGUUGGAAUUCGCCGCCUCAGCGAGAUCUGCUUCAUCCUGGGAAUGUUCCUUAUGCUUGUUACAUUCUUCUUUCAGAACACCUGGCAUGUACUCAACGUUUACGUUCAAAGUAUUGGCUACUAUAUUCAGUGGAUUAUUCAGCUCGGCUUCCAUACAGAUGCGUUCGCACAACUAAAUAAUGCUCCAGAUGGUAAAUCCAGCCAACACUGGAUGGGAACCUGGACCAUCUUCUACUGGGGAUGGUGGAUCGCCUGGUCUCCUUUUGUGGGAAUGUUCAUCGCCAAGAUUUCAAGAGGAAGAACCAUCAGGCAGUUUAUCAACGCCACAAUGACGGCCCCGAUAAUUUAUUCGUUCCUCUGGUUUAGCAUUUUUGGCAGCGCGGGUUUGAAAAUGGAACGAGAUGCUGAAUCUGGUUGCUGCAACGCUACUGGGAAGCUUGUCCGGCUUUCGACUCGAAAAACAGAAGAAAUGUGGUUUGAUGUUAUGGACCAACAGGGUGACCUGGGGAUGUUCCUAUCAAUAGUUUCACUUGUAAGCAUCGUCCUUUACUUCGUAACAAGCUCCGAUAGCGGCUCCCUGGUGAUCGACUGUCUAUCAGCUAAUGGUGAUGCAGAACCACCCGUCAUUCAGCGCGUUUUCUGGGCUUUAACAGAAGGUGCCUGUGCUACAGCUCUCCUUUAUUCCGGUGGGACUCACGGACUGCAAGCUCUACAAGCAGUGUCUAUAGCAUCUGGCGUUCCUUACACCAUCAUGCUGUGUUUCAUGUGCGUGGCUUUAUGGAGAGCAGUUAAAAUAGAAGCUGGAGACUUAGAUCCCCAUGGCCCACACUUUUCUACUGGUCUCCUGGACGUACUGACUCAACCCACCAUGUCGAGUGUUCAAAAGGUUCUAAUUGCAAUCGUGGCACCAUGGUAUUCCAUGGGGAACGCUGCCUCUAAGUUCGCUGGCAGAGAAGACCGGAAAUAUCUUUAUAUGCUGGCCCUGGCAGCUCCCUUUUAUCUCUGGAUUGUUUGCAUGGCUCUUGAGCCAGUGGUAGAGGGAAUUUCGCACGUUGGAUGGACAAUCUUGAUUGGAUUCUUCGCUUAUGCCACAGCUAUCCGUAACUCCAUUCGAGAAAAGUACGCCAUCUAUGGUAACAUGACUGAAGAUUUCUUUGCAGUAACGCUCACCUACUUCUUUGCAGCAUACCAGAUGGAGCAUCACAUGGACCACGUUGAACACUUUGACAUGGAUGGCACAAACCUGAAUGGAGUCAGCCGAGACAUCAUGCUCUCCGAGGUUCAUAUUAACAAGAUGGCCGAAGACGAUGACGGAACAAAACCAAAGAAAAUUGAUUGUAAAACAAAUGGAUUUGGCUCAGAUGACCAUGUGAAUGAUAAUGCUGGUAAUGAGAUGCUCACAGAAGUCAAAUCAAGCCAAGACAAAGGCUAUGAUGAGGCAUUUUGAAAAGAACUAUCCGAACAGGAAAACACUCAGAUAAAAUAAGAGCAGAACUGUAUCCGACCAAACCAGCAGAACUCUAUUUCCCUAUUUAUCUUUAAUAUAUAGAACAACGGAUUUCUACCUCCAUUUUCAAAAUCGCAUGCGCCUUUUAAGUGUGGGAGAGGGUUACCAUAGGUGCGUGAGCUAGUUCGGGUGAGACAUUUCAGCACAGUCUAUUUUUUAUUAUGAGCAAAGAAAGUGAGGAAGUUUACCCAUUUCAUAGCUACGAGGACACCGUUUUUAUAAGUGCAUUUAUUACCACAGUAGCAAUGGUGGCAUUAGCAUUCACUCGGUUUACACCACAAAUACUGUGACUAAUGCGACAUAGCGUAUCAAAUCUGCGUUGAACUUGUGCUACAAGAACUGGACCACGUGGGACUCUGCACUUUUAUGAUAUUUCUUACUUUUACUUUUUCUUAUACUUUUAUCUUUACAAUGCCUUUUUUGAACCUACUUGUUUUAUUAGGAAAACGGGUUUCAUGGUUGACCAGGCUAUAAAUAUGAUUCAAUCGAAUGCAAACGUACGAUUAGAUAGGUUAUUGCGCUUCGCAAUAACAUGCGAACUAUGAGGUUGUAAUUAUAAAACUAAAAAUGCGUUUAACGCCCUCCAGCUGCCUGAGGAUCACCAGUAUAAAAUAGGUGCUUCUACGAGUCAAGUUUUCGAGUAAUGAUUGAAAGAUUUUCAUUUACAUUUCUCAUGUCUCAUGAAAACAUCAUGAUGAUAUACGGUAACGCAAGGAAUCUGAACCUCGGAGUUCGCAUGUUUUAGGGUCUGUUUCCAUAUGGAGGUGGGAGAGCUCAGAUAGGUGAGGUAGCCCGCCUUGGUGGGGCAACCCGCCUGUACAUAUAAUCUCUUAUCUUAUCUUGAUCACAUUUACAUGAUAGCUCGGCUAUUCCGCUUACGCGGGUCGCCCGGUCUGCCGGAUAGAUGAACCCUGUCACUUGCCAUGUAAACGUUUCCGCUUAGCCGGAGUCGCCUUCACGUCACAAUUGCAACGGCGCCAACAACCUUACCCCGAUAUCUUAGGGUUGUAAGAUUGUAUAUAAUUUGGACCACGGCUUAGCGGGUUACUUCACUUACCUGGACUCUCUCACCUUCGAGUAAACAGGCCCUUGAAAAGACUCCAUAAAAUAGGGUUAAAAAGUUAAUAAGGGCCGCUGAAGUAUUUAAUGAAGCUAAAUGCUAGCAAAAGUUUAUCAGCGUUGCUAAUUUAUUUGUAAAUAAUUUUUUUUAAUGUAGUUUUUCUUUUUGAUAACGAGAGGCUGAAGUUUCCCCAAAUUAAACAGCGACAAACAUUGCAUUGAUAGAUGUGUUGUAACAGACGGGACUGAUGAGAUGUUAGAACUUCUCUUAGCUUUUGCUUUCAACUCAAAAUCAUGAUAUUACACUACCUAGAUACGGCGAAGAUUAUUCGAGGCAUCAUAGAUGUCAUUGUUAAGCGAGAGAAAACUUCUGCAGUUGGAUAUGUCAGGAAACGCUCCCUUUGAUAAUAAACAUGUAACUUACUUUGAAA